AUGUCGGAUCGGAGAUCGAGACAGAGGGAUGCGGACGAUGAGGGAGAUGAAAUCUCAGAGGCGGAGAGCGAUCGAUUCAUCGUGAAGAUCGCGCAGUACCUCCAGGGGUUUAUUGGCGAGAAGGGUUGGAGCGAAGAGAUGGUUCGCAAGGCGUUCGACGACUCGGUGAAGAACAUGCCAAAGGGUCGAGCGCGUCGAGCUUUGAGGGCGCGAUUCGAUGAAUUCGCGGAUAAGUUAUGUGACACGAUUUAUCGCAGAAACGGGCCGUCGAUCGAGCUCUCAAAGGAGGAGCGGAAGAUAGAGAAGUGGCGCAAGGAUCCCACGACGGAGUGGUGGGCGCUUGAACAGCCUCCUCUCGAAAAGUUUGAGUCGGCGUCGCUCGAUGAGCUGUGCGUCGAGUUAGAUUUAUCGCUAAAGCGAACCUCAUUCGAUAUUCCGGCGUAUGUGUUCAUGAAGGCGAUGGAGAUUUCGCACAUGAAGCCGGCGGAUAUCGCGCACUGCGAGGAAACUCGCGAAAAGGCUCUUCGGCGCAUCAUCGAUAUCGCUCGAGCAACGGUGACUGCCUUUGAUGGCGAGCCCAAGAAGACUCAGGAGAAGUAUGAUAGUGUGAACCAUCUCAUCGGAAGAAUAGCGGGCGCAACUUCGAUUCGUCGAGUCAUGCAAGGCGCGAGAGUGGAAACCGCGAAGAUGGCUGCGGAGAUCGUCUUGCUUCGGCACGACUUUCGAAAAAUCGCGCUCGGAGACGACGGACUAGGGUUACCGGAGCACGAAGUCGGCGUCACCGCUUCACACGAUGGCACCAUCUUGCUCGGGAACUAUCGCGGUGAUUUCGCGGCGUUGCUGGCCGAGCGCUUGCCCGAGGUUGAAGACGAAAUCGUAGCUUCGUUCGGUGAAAACGAUUUACCGCUCUUCGAGUGUGCCCUGGGACUCGGUGGAUUCCAUCCGGAGUUUGAGAAGGACGCGAAGAAGAAGGGAAUGUUGUUCGGCAUGCUUGAUAUCGAUUCGACCGAUCUGAAGGCGGUGGCAAAGAAUGCCGGUCCCUCACUCCUCAGGCGUCCUCCAAAGGCGGCAUUUGACCUGAACAAGGAGGAGAACGAUUACGACAUGGAAGCUUACGCUCGCAUGCCAGUGAGAAUGUCAAAUGAGAGUAUAACGGAAAAUAUGUUCGAUCGGGCCGACUUCGUUGACACAGACUUUUUACACGAGGCGUUAUCGUUGACUGGUAAGGAUGACGACGAGACGAGCGGACCGGGACAGGUGAAAUUGUAUUUCGCCGUCAUUAGAGUCGCUCGUGCGUAUAUCAAACUUUUGAACGCACGAAAUAAGCGCAAAAGAUCAUCCGCGGUGGCGCGCUACAUGUCGAUCGCACCCGCUCCGGAGGUUCUGCUAAUGCACGUGCCGGACUCGUGUGGGAUCGACAACACUGACGCCCGCGCAACAUCUGUGGAGCUUGUGGUGGCGUCGAGCAAUGCUCUCCAAACGAUCUUGAACGAGUGGAACGAAAUGCGGGCUUUGUUCAAGUCCGCGGCUCAAAGCGAGGGUGGAUUUUUCAUCGACGUCAACCGUGAAAUCGGUGAGACAGCGAAGAUCACCUUCGAAAGAAGCGCGCCUCGCUACGGCGAGAAUGAGGACGACGGUGUUGACGAGGAAACCGAAGCGGAACUUAUGAGCAUGUUAGAUAAACUUGAAGGUCCGGACGCGUUGAGCGAAGAGGAUGAUGACGAGGAUGAUGACGAGUGA